UCCGCCCCUCACACCGGCUCGGCCGCCUCGCGCAAAGACGAAGCAGCUCCUGGCCGAGCUGCUGCGCCGGGGCAAACUUGGCCAAGCCACUCCAGCGGGAUUUGCUCGCGGCAGCGGGAGGAAAAGGAAAGGGAAGCGCGCCUGAGGCACCGAGAGAGCGCGUCCACUCUGCUCUAGGCGGACGGAGGAGGCACAGCCUUGCGCCACGCGGGGGUAAGGAGCCGCGAGAGCGGCCAGCGUUGCGCCGGCCCUCGAGCAGAAGCAACCGCAGAACCACCGUUGCCAGACGUGGCUUCGCCUGCUGCUGCAGCCCUUUCGCGACGGGCCCUCGCCCCGGCGCUGGAAAUGAAGAGAGUGUGCACGCUCUCCCUCUGGCUCUGGAUCGGCAUCGUCUCGGAAGCAGAUCUAGUGAGUGGCUAUUCUAUGACCCCACCCACUCUCAGCAUCACAGAAGAAGAAUACGUGAUCAACGCUAAGGACACACUGAAUAUUACUUGCAGAGGGCAGCACCCCCUGGAGUGGUCGUGGCCUGGAGGCCAAGAGGACACCAUCCAGAUUGGGAAGGAGAGCGAAUCAGUGGUGUUGGUGAGUCUCGACGGUGUCCAAACAGUCAAGGAAGAGGAUUGUGAGGGCACUGACACAAAGCCCUACUGCAAGGUCUUGACACUGACAGGGACUCAGGCUAACGACACGGGCUACUACCGCUGUUACUACAAGUACAUCAAAGCCAAAAUCGAGGGCACCACUGCAGUCAGCACCUAUGUAUUUGUGAGAGAUUAUGAGCGGCCAUUUAUCAAUAAACCAGAGGCUCUUCUUAUCUACAAGAAGGAGAAUAUCUGGGUCCCAUGCCUGGUAUCUAUUCCAGACCUUAACAUCACUUUGCUCUCGACAACCUCUCCCAUAUAUCCAGACGGGAAGAACAUUCUUUGGGACAACAAAAAAGGAAUGCUGGUCCCCACUCACCUGAUCAAGGACUCCUUGUUUGUUGAGUGCGAAACUUUCAUUGAUAUGAAGCCCCGCAAAUCAAGUUUCUUCCUUGUCCACAUUGCAGGGAAUGAACUUUAUGACAUCCAGUUGUUUCCAAGGAAGGCCAUGGAGCUUCUAGUGGGAGAAAAACUAUAUCUCAACUGUACAGUAUGGGCUGAGUUUAAUUCGGGAGUUGAUUUCCAGUGGGAUUACCCUGCGAAACAGAUGAACCGGAAAGUCACAGAACUGCCUGAGAGGCGCUCCCAGCAGACACACACUGAACUUUCCAGCAUCCUGAUCAUCCAAAAUGUGAGCCUACAAGACCUGGGAAAAUAUACAUGCAAGGCUAGCAAUGGGGAGCAAGACUUGAAGGAGAGCAUAGAUGUCAUCGUACAUGAGAAACCCUUCAUCAAUGUGGAGUGGAGGAAGGGUCCAGUGAUUGAAGCAACAGCAGGAGAUGAAAUGGCGAAGCUGCCGGUGAAAGUGGUUGCCUACCCCCAGCCUGAAUUCCAGUGGUUUAAGGAUGGAAGGUUAAUUUCCAACAGGCAGUCUCAAUAUUCCCUGCAGAUCAAGGAUGUGGCAGAGCAGAACUCUGGCUCCUACACGUUGGUUCUGAAGAAUGGGCCAGCUGGACUGGAGAAGAGCAUUAGUCUCCAGCUGGUAGUCAAUGUUCCUCCACAAAUCCAUGAGAAAGAAGCAACUUCGCCCAACAUCUAUUCCCGUAAAAGCCGGCAGGUGCUCACCUGCACUGUGUAUGGCAUCCCAGCACCAGAGAAGAUCCAGUGGCAGUGGAGACCUUGGACACCCUGCCCAAUGUUCUCCCGUCACAAUCUUAGCAGGAGGAGGACUGUCCGGCGCCAUCAGCGAGACCGGAUGCCCGAGUGUAAGGACUGGAAGGAUGUGUCGCAGCUGGAUGCUGUGAAUGCCAUUGAAAGCAUUGACACCUGGACAGAGUUUGUGGAAGGAAGGAACAAGACGGUCAGCAAACUGAUCAUCCAAGAAGCCAACGUUUCUGUCAUGUACAAGUGUGCAGCCUCUAACAAAGUUGGCCGUGAUGAACGGCUCAUCUAUUUCUAUGUAACUACCAUCCCAAAUGGGUUUGAAAUUGAAUCGCAGCCUUCAGAAGAACCCAUUGAGGGGCAAGACCUGAGGCUAAGCUGCAAUGCUGACAAUUACACGUAUGAGAACCUGCAGUGGUACCGACUCAACCUUUCGACACUGCAUGAUGAAGAGGGCAACCCGCUGGUCUUGGACUGCAAGAAUGUCCACCACUAUGCGACAAAGAUGCAAGGAGAGCUGCAUUUCAAACCCAACUCCAAUUACGCUGCUUUGACACUCACCAUUCCAAGCAUCUCACUAGAGGACGAAGGGGACUAUGUGUGCGAAGUGCAAAACAGGGAGAACAGCGAAAAGCACUGCCACAAAAGAUACAUCUCUGUGCAUGCUCUAGAGGUCCCCAGGUUGAAGCAGAACCUGUCAAACAUCUUGGUGAAUGUGAGUGAUUCCAUAGAGAUGCGCUGUAAAGUGGAUGGCACACACAUUCCAAACAUCAACUGGUAUAAGGAUGAGAAGCUUGUAGAAGAGGUCUCAGGGAUUGACCUGGCAGAUUCCAAUCAGAGGCUGAGUAUCCAGAGGGUGAGAGAAGAGGAUGCUGGCCUUUACCUGUGCAGUGUCUGCAAUGCCAAGGGUUGUGUGAAUUCCUCCGCCAGUGUCUCUGUAGAAGGUUCGGAUGACAGGACCAAUGUGGAGAUUGUGAUCUUAAUUGGGACAGGUGUCAUUGCUAUCUUCUUUUGGAUUCUCUUAAUCCUCAUCUUCUGUAACAUCAAGCGACCUGCUCAUGCAGAUAUCAAGACGGGCUACCUUUCUAUUAUCAUGGACCCAGGUGAAGUUCCCUUGGAUGAGCAAUGUGAAUACCUGCCCUAUGAUUCCAGCAAAUGGGAAUUCCCUCGGGAGCGACUUCAACUCAGUAAAGUCCUGGGCCAUGGAGCCUUUGGGAAAGUGAUGGAAGCCUCUGCAUUUGGAAUUAAUAAGAGUAACAGCUGUGAGACAGUGGCAGUAAAAAUGCUCAAAGAGGGAGCUACUGCAAGUGAACACAAAGCGCUUAUGUCAGAGCUGAAGAUCCUCAUCCAUAUAGGAAACCAUCUGAAUGUGGUUAACCUGCUGGGUGCCUGCACCAAACCUAAUGGUCCCCUCAUGGUUAUUGUUGAAUUCUGUAAAUAUGGAAAUCUCUCCAAUUAUCUGCGGACCAAACGGGAAGGAUUCAGUCCUUAUAGGGAAAAAUCUCCCCGACUACGCGUCCAAGUUCGUUCUAUCGUGGAAGCUGUCAGAGCAGACAGAAGGAGUCGGUCUGGUACCACUGACAGUGCAAUUCUUAAUAGACUUCUGAUGAACAAGAGCCAGGCAACACUGCCACCACCACUCAUACAAGAAGUGGAUGAUUUGUGGCAGAGCCCUCUGACAAUGGAAGAUCUGAUCUGCUACAGUUUCCAGGUGGCACGUGGUAUGGAGUUUUUAGCUUCCAGAAAGUGCAUCCAUAGAGACUUGGCAGCGCGCAACAUCUUGCUAUCAGAAAACAAUGUGGUCAAGAUCUGUGACUUUGGUCUGGCUCGGGACAUCUAUAAGGAUCCUGACUAUGUCAGGAAGGGCAGCGCUCGCCUCCCACUAAAGUGGAUGGCUCCAGAAAGCAUCUUUGACAAAGUCUAUACCACCCAGAGUGAUGUCUGGUCAUUUGGAGUCCUCCUAUGGGAGAUCUUCUCACUAGGUGCCUCCCCGUACCCUGGAGUCCAGAUCAAUGAAGAAUUUUGCCAGAGACUGAAAGAUGGCACCAGGAUGAGAGCUCCAGAAUAUGCCACUGCAGAAAUUUACCGUAUAAUGCUAAGCUGUUGGUAUGGUGAUCCCAAGGAAAGACCAACAUUCUCGGACUUGGUGGAGAUCCUGGGGAACCUUCUUCAGGAGAACGUCCAGCAUGAAGGGAAGGAUUAUAUCCCACUUAAUGACUCUCAGAGUUCUGAAGACGAUGGCUUCUCCCAGGUAGCUUCCUCCAUCCAGCAGAAUUCUGAUGAGGAAGAAUUUGACUUGAGGAUGCACUGUCAUAAUAUAGCAGCAAGAUAUUAUAACUGUGUGUCUUUUCCUGGCUGUUUAACUGGUGGGAAUCAGAUAAGGUGUCCAUCCAGAAUAAAGACUUUUGAAGAAUUUCCUAUGACACAAACCAUGUAUAAAGCACAUCCGGACAAUCAGACAGACAGUGGGAUGGUUUUGGCAUCUGAGGAGUUUGAGAGGAUAGAAAAUAGACACAGAAAAGAAAGUGCAUUCAGCAGUAAAGGAUCCAGUCGAAAUGCAGAAUCAAUAGUGGAUCAAUCAGACCUGAGGGGUAGGUGUCGGCCAUCGUACCAGUCCCAGCUCAGAGGCCAGACUUUUUACAACAGUGAAUAUGGGGAACUGUCAGAACAGUCGGAGGAAGGCAGCUGCACUCCACCCACUGAGGGAGCCAGUCCCUCCCUCCUCCAUGCUUCAUUCUUUUCAGACCAAUACUGAAGGGAAGAACAGAUUGUGGAGACACUCUGCCGAGAGACUACACUUCGCCCCUUAUGCAGCUCUACAUUUGUUCAGUGGAGGCCACUUUCCCUUCAUCCUUGAGGAAUCCACCGUAGGGAACCCCUGUGGAACAGAUGGUGAACUCCUUGGAUGUGAAGAUAGAUGCCAAGCAUUUUUAUGCGGGAUAUAGUCCUUUCAUUUGGCACUAGCACACUUCCUUGAUCUGAUUCUGUAUUUGCCCCCCACCGCCCUGCCACCCUCAAUUAGAUAUUGGAUGCAGUUCCCUGGGUGAAACAGGACUGUUCUGCCAGCAGAUGGAUGUGCAUAGAGAGCUGCAGCCUCCGCUCAGUAUUCAGCCUCCAUUCAAAUACUUUGCCGUAAUAAGCUUCAUUUCAGGUCAGAUAAAAAUAGAUGUGUCUUAGCUGAGUUUCUUCCUGAUAUGCAGCCUUGUUUGCUUCUGCUCUUGUUUCAUCUCAUCAUGGGAGGGGGAAGAAGCAAAUGAAUGAAUUUGGGCAAUGGAGGAGAAGCAGUAUUUCCAGACUUGGAGAGUCCUGCUUUGCUAGAUAUAGACAUUCCCUAUAGACACAUCAGUACACAACUAUAUAUUACAUACUUAAUUCUUGUAUGGUGUUACAUAUUUCAUUUAUGUUAGACACUAAGCCUAUUAUAAAUUUUAUUCCAUCACCAUUCCCAUGUCUGUGAUGGCAUUACUGGCUGCUCUAGUACAAGAGGACCACUUUAUCUCUGUGCAGUGGGGGAUUUGGUGUUAACUAGUUCAAGGUGGAAAUUAAUUUCCUUCACUCUCUACUGACUAACAGACUUGGAACCCAUUUAUGUGUCUAGUCAUCUCCCACCCCACCCCAGAAUCCCCGGGCAGCUAUAAAAUGUUCUUUAUUGGCAGCCAUCAUUUUCAAAAAUUUAGUGUCCCUUAUGAUCCCACGCCAAAGUGUGGAACUUUGUGGAACUGAAUGCAACCUUAUAGUAAUAGAGAAUCUAAUGAAACCCUUAACUGGUGUUUUUAGUUCUGUCCCUCUACCUCCCAAUUCCUACAUCCUUACUUCCUCUUCCCACGAUAUCAUAUGUUAGAAUGAAUAGUACAAAGUAAAUUUCUGCAAAUGUAUCUAAUUUGCAUUAUUUAUAAUGGGAGGAAUGCAAUGCAGGCCAUCAUUUUGUUAGUGCAAGCUGUUCUGCUUGCCUAAUUAAACAAUCUAUCCUGUCCUCUUGUUGUCCACUGUUCCAGGGGUUCUCCUGACACCUCAUCCCUGAGCCACUGGGGGAGGAUAUGGGGCACCAAAGGGAAGAAAGACCCAUUGCGCUAGCAGAAUUCCUUGUGUGGGCUUCCACACAAGUUAGCUGAGCCCAGCCCUGAGUCUGGAAUUUGAGGAUAUUGCUAAACAUUUACACACAUUUGCAUUCUUCCCUGACACAGUCUUUAGCAUAGUUUUCCAUCUUCUAAUUGUAAACCAUUGCAUCAAUGAGGUUUUGUUUUUUACAUAAAUGAGGAAUAAGUAUAGAGUCAAUCUGAACUUGUUUGUGUAGUUGUUCCCUUGCAUACCCUACGAGCCUUUCCCUCCCAGCUCCAAUUCUGAAGGACGCUGCCAUAGGAAAAUGUCUGUGAAAGUCUUAUGAAAUGGCUUUUGACCAGCUUGUGGACUUCACUUUGUAGUUCUGUACAGUGUCAGAGGCUCACACUCUCAAUUGUGUCUCCAUGUGAAAGAAUUUCUGCUUGCAGGCCAGGCUUCUGUUUAUAGAACUGAUAGUUUUGGUUUAGCUUUUUUUGUUUGUUUCAUAUUGGGCAUAUGCCCCCCCCCUCCAGAUUAUAUAUAUUCCUCCAUCAGAGGGCUUUAUGCAUUUACACAUUUGUAAUUAUCAUUGUUCAAGCCUUUUCUACAUUGAUUUGUAUCUUUAUGAGUGCACUCAAUGUCUUGUCCCCUUUUUAUUACAUUUCCUCUCUACAUAAGUAUACAAUUGUGGUUUAGUUAUUAUCAGGUGUGGAAGUUCUCCUGCCUCUGUGUGUGUAUUACAUAUUCUGUAGAAAGGGGAAGGGGGACUCAAAGAGGCAUGUAAAUGGUGUACAAAUGGAAAACACAAUUCUACAUGGAAUAUUUCCUUCCUUCUUACUGUUAGCAGAGUCCCAUUGACCUGAACAGCUGAGAACUUCACAAACUGGACCCAUUUCAGAUGUACUGGUAGUGCACUGAAUCACUACCCAGAUGCAGAUGAAGUCCCUCUGCCCUGAGCAAUGUACACAUGCAAGCUGUAAAUCUAAUCUAAUCAAGUGUUCCAGAUUACAGGAAAGCUGAAAGAUCAUGUUGCAGCUGCCUUAGGACCGAACAACCUGUUCAUUGAGCAUUCAUUCUCAUUUCUUUGCAGGAAGGCAAAGAAUUCUCAUUCAUUCUCAUUUCUUUGCAUCCAAGCAGACACUUAAUACCUAGUUUAAAAAUAUAAGGGACAGUGUGGAACCAUAACAAGUUUAGUGUUCUAUGAGCAUCUACCGGUAUAUGUGACUUACUCAUCCUGUAUUAUUGUUAUAGGCACCAGUUGAUAUUUAAUGGGGGAUAAACUCUCGAGUACACAGCAUCCAGGAAUUAGAGCAUUUGAAAUGUGACAUUGUUCCUGCAGUGAUAAGAAAAACCCUGUUGGGUGAUGUCAAAGGCCCAUCUAGUCCAGCAUCCUCCUCUCACAGUGGCCAAUUACAGAGUGUAUCUGGAGGGGUGUGUGCAUCCACCUCUCACAGGAUUAAAAUGUCACAAGGAAAGCAGCCCUCAGUGUUAAUGUGUGAAGAAGCCACAUUCAAGAUUCCACUUCCAGUUUUAUUCUCUUGCAAUACUAAACUAGCAGUAGUACUUCCAGUUCAUUAAAAUAACUUACUUUAAAAACUAUAAUCUUUUUUCUCUUUUCUCAUAUUCCUGUUUACCCAGAGGUGUAAUUAGGGGUUUGCGAAAAAUCAGGGGCCCAGGUCGGGGGGAGGGGCAAAAGCCACCUACAUAUGGAGUGUAUGACGUAUAUAUAUAUAUAUAUAUAUAUAUAUAUAUAUAUAUAUAUAUACUGUAUAUGGCAACACGACACUGCUAUUGCGGCGAACUCAAACGCUGGAGAAGCCUCCCGUUCUUCUCACACCACAACAGAAAGGCGUGCAUUUUUUUUUCACCCUUCCUCUUCACCUCACUCUCACUCCGGAUGCUUCGGGUACUUGGUUGUGUAAAAUGUAAGAAUUUCUAAUAUGAUAUUGUGGUAAAGUGAUGGGGGAGGGCACCAAUACAGCUCCUUGCCAAGGAUGCAAGAGACCCUUGAUACGCCUCUGUGUUUAUCUGCUUAAUUUUACAUGGCUUCAAUUGCUUAAAUAAAGCAUUUAAAGAAAUGUUUACCAAUAUAGUAGCAAACUCUGUAAAGCGUUAAGCAAACUGCAAUGGUAGAAGGCCAUAUCAAUUCUAGAGGAAGGUAUUAUCCCACAAAUCCCAUUAAUGCACCAAUAAUUGUAAACGGGGUUUUUUUAAUAGGAAAAAAAUGAAAACCAAUUAUAGUACUCAGUGAGUAUGGAGGGGCAAUUUGCUCAUGCUAGGUCAAAUAACCAAGUGCCUCCGGACAUGGCCAGUUCUUCCUUAUUGUGAGAUAGCAGUUUCUUUCCUUAGAAAGCACUGCUAAUAACAAGGCCAGUGGAAGUGAUGAUAUUCCAGCUGAACUAUUUAAAAUUUUAAAAGAUGAUGCUGUUAAGGUGCUACACCCAAUAUGCCAGCAAGUUUGGAAAACUCAGCAAUGGCCAGAGGAUUGGAGAAGAUCAGUCUACAUCCCAAUUCCAAAGAAGGGCAGUGCCAAAGAAUGCUCCAACUACCGCACAAUUGCGCUCAUUUCACACGCUAGCAAGGUUAUGCUUAAAAUUCUACAAGGCAGGCUUAGGCAGUAUGUGGACCGAGAACUCCCAGAAGUGCAAGCUGGAUUUCGAAAGGGCAGAGGAACCAGAGACCAAAUAGCAAACAUGCGCUGGAUUAUGGAGAAAGCUAGAGAGUUCCAGAAAAACGUCUACUUCUGCUUCAUUGACUAU